AUGGCUGCGUGUCUCUGCACCGUCGUUUGCGCCGUGGCCACAUCGCUGGCCGCGGCGCUGGCGUCAGUUCUCGCGUGGCUGUGGGUCAGCCGGCUGCGCACCUCGGCCCCUGGUCCCCCGACCGUGCCACUGCUGGGCAACACGAGGAUUCCCUUCAGGCUCCCCGCACUCGUGCACGGUCUCAGAGACAUUCACCAGCGCUACGGAGACAUCUUCAGGUACUACGUGGGUCCCAAGCUGUUCAUUGUGAUAUCGCGACCAGAAGACGUGCGGAAAGUCCUGGCGUCGACCAAGACGAGGGAGCGGGACCCUGUCUUCAUGCACAUCCUCCGGACUCUUAUGAGCGACGGCCUCAUUACCAGCACGGGUGACACCUGGAAGAGGCACCGUAAGGCCAUCGAACCAGCUUUCCACGCUGAGGUACUCGUGAAGUUCACUGGAACAUUCAACGAGAGCGGGCGCUAUCUGUGCGAGAAGCUGGCGGAGUCUGCUGGGGCGACGGUGGACGUUUACCCCAUGCUGAUGGAAUGUGCGCUGCGCACCAUGGUGAAGGUCGUCUUCGGUGUCGAGCUGGAUCGUCUGGAGCCAGACCGAAGCAAGCAUUCCCGUAUAGCGGCCAUCAGGAAAAUGUCGGCAAUAAUUGUCCGACCCUGGAAGGCAAUUAAUGGCAUCAUGUGGCUGAGUGCAGAAGGUCGGGCAGUGAAGAGGAAUAUUGCGGAGUUCAGAAGCCUAGUGAAGCGUGGCCUCGCCAUUGCAAGAGAAGACAUGAAGGCUGACGGUUCAACUCCUUUGGUCCACUUUCUUUCGGAGCAGAAGCAAGGGCAGCACUUGACUGAGGAAGAAAUAUACAAUGAAAUACGCACCCUCAUUGUGGCCGGCGUGGAGACGACCGCAGCCUCCAUGGGCUUCACGCUGGCGCUGCUCGGCCUGCACCCAGAGUGGCAGGACGCGGCGCAGAGGCAGCUGGAUGACGUGUUCGGCUCUGGAGGCGACUACCUCAGGCCAGCCACUGCGGCCGACCUCUCCCAGCUCACGGUCAUAGACGCUAUUGUAAAGGAGUCGCUGCGGCUGUUUCCGACAGCCCCCAACAUUCCGCACCUGGUGACCGAGGACACGCCGCUGUGCGAAGGCCGGCACGUGGCGCCGAGGGGCUGCUGCGUGCUCGUGUCGUUCCUGCUGAUGCACCGCCGGCCGGACCUGUUCCCUGAGCCCGACCUGUUCGACCCCGGCCGCUUCCUGCCCGGAGGCAGCGCCACCUGCAGGCAGCCGGGCAGCUACCUGCCGUUUGGCACAGGACCUCGCAAGUGCGUGGGCGCGCGCUUCGCCGACCUGGAGAUGCGGGUUGCGCUGGCUGCAGUGCUGCGCAGGUUCCGCAUCCGACCCGGCUCCACCAGGGAGCAGCUGGAGCAGAUUCCUUACUCCGUCACAGCACACCCACUCACCGGCUAUCGUGUUUCUUUUGUUCCAUGGGAUAAUGUACCAGUAGCUUCCCAGCUUGCCGUCUAAAACUGAACGUAUGGACAGGAUGAGUAUGAAGAACCCUUGCAUUUCCUGAACUGUUCAAAAUACCGAAACGAGGUUUCGCCAAAUUAGAGUACGAAGAGGGAUUGUAAUGCUAUAUAGUCGUGUAUGUUCCCUAACCGUUUACAAAAAAUGGUUCAAAUGGCUCUGAGCACUAUGGGACUUAACUGCUGCGGUCAUCAGUCCCCUAGAACUUAGAACUACUUAAACCUAACUAACCUAAGGACAUCACACACAUCCAUGUGGACCUACAGAUAGUCUAGAGGGUGAUAACAUCAUCCAGAGAUCGGUAAAAUCAUUUGUUAUUGGUUUUUCCGACUUAAGCUCACUGCAAUUUGAUGAAAGAGAAUUUUACUCCAGACGCGUUUCACUCUUAUUUAUAAAACAUCUUCUGUGUUCAUUCUGCAAGUUGGAUACAUAUGUUUGUACAUUUUUAGUUGCUUUACAUUAAAAACAGCGUUUUGUUUAUAAAAUUACAGUGGAAAUUACUUACGGUGUUCCAGCCUCUUCUUUACACAUUCUCCAAAUAACUGCUUACUCCCUUUCAUUAGCAGCAGUUGAUAUCGAAAGACUACGUUUCACAUGCACACUCGGCAAUUUUUUCCCUUUGCACUUUUUCUUGUGCUGAGUGAGAACACACAUAACUUCAGUUCGAUCUGCAAAAUAACACACAUACAGAAUGUGUAAAUAACAGGCUGCAACACCGUAAGUAAUUUGCGCUCCAACUUUAUAGACAAAACCCUGUUUUUAAUCUAAAGCAACGAAAAAUAUACAAACUUAUAUAUCCAAUUUGCAGAAUAAGCACAGAAGAUGUUUUAUAAAUACAAGCGAAACGCGUCUGGUGUAAAAUUCUCUUCAGUUAAAUUUCAAUAAGCUUAAGGCGGGCCGGCCGAAGUGGCCGCGCGGUUCUGGCGCUGCAGCCUGGAACCGCGAGACCGAUACGGUCGCAGGUUCGACUCCUGCCUCGGGCAUGGAUGUGUGUGAUGUCUUUAGGUUAGUUAGGUUUAACUAGUUCUAAGUUCUAGGGGACUAAUGACCUCAGCAGUUGAGUCCCACAGUGCUCAGAGCCAUUUGAACCAUUUUGAAGCUUAAGGCGGAAAAAUCAAUAACAACUGAUUUUAACAGCUGCUGCGGAAAAUGGCCACUCAAACAAAUACAUUAGUGUUCGUGAAUGUAACUCACUUUUGCGUCGAGUCAGAUUACAGCAACGUGCCACUCCUCUUCUGCUCAGCACCUGCGAUUUGACUACACUCCAUAGGUGCACAGCAUGCUACAUAACAUUCUUCAUUUUACGAACACACUUGCACAUAUUUUUAAAGCGCUUUAUCCAAAGUACUCACCUACACUUCACACAGCUGCAUACACAUUUAUUUACUAGUGGUCACAGCAGACUAUUGACUGACCAUUACUGUAGUUAUAAGCCCAGAAUAUUCUGUGAUAUGUAUGAAAGGUUCUAUUUUUUAUUACGAAAAUCUUAAUGUCUAAUUCAGACCCGACCCUGUUGGACACACUUUCUCUGUGUGAUCAUAUUACGAACAUAUUUCACAUUGUCGAUCUGCCAGUAUCACAUUGGUGCUUGUAUAUAUCUCUCACUUUGUAUUUUAUCAGACAUUAUAAAAGUGCACUUUUGUGAAAUAAGUCAGAUGCUUUACAAUAUUGGAAACCACAUUAAAAUACUUAACAGUAACGUCACCGUGCCUGUAUGCUACAGCUGUCUACCUGCAACACAUAUGUGCUCACGAUCUCUUACCUUCAUCGCUAGAGCAUAGUCAAAGAAAAAGCAAAAAAUGCGGCGUCGAUGCCCCACUGCACUCAUCAAUGCAAGCGCAUAACUAUAAAUAUUCAAGGACAAUGCUACAUUCGAACAACUGUGUGCUUAGUUUCAUAGUUACUGUAUGAACUGAAAUAUUGAAGUAACCAGUUUUUUAAAAUCAAACAAUACACUUUCUUAGUGCUUUUCAAAAGCUUUUUGUAAGAUGAAUAAUUACAACCAUAGUAAAAAUAAUAAUUGUUAUUUUUUAUUUUAACAACAGAGAUAGCAUCAUUGUAGGAGUUGCCCAGGUUACAUCCAGCUUCCUCAGGAGUAUCUCUGGUAACUCAGAGUUUUACAGUACUUCACACAAUAUUUUACGCUAUUUCUGAACAAUAAUAUUUAUUUGACUGUGUUUAGUAAAUCCUAGGAAACAGAUGAGUGCUCUUCAGAUUAUGUAGCGUUGAUAGUAGAGCACAAAGGAUAAUGAUAUGAUCAGGUUUCACAUUCCAAAUUCCACCGAACUCGAAAGUCAGAUCCUCGUAUUUCAGUUUAUUCUGAGCCACCUAAACGUUAUAGAUUCAGUCACCUAGACUAAGAUGUUGAUUGACAGGCAUGACCUUUCAUCUGGCUAUCAUGCUACGUCAGGCUUGUUAGUCACAACCAUUCGGUCCAUAUGUACUUGUUGCUUGCACAGGGCAGAAUUCCAUCGUCUGCUCAACACCACUUUAUGUUUGUGGUCAUAACAUUUGUCAGAAAGCUGUGGUACUCUUAGAGCUCUGCAUGUUCACCAAUGGCAGUAUGACCACAUCUCAUUGUUCUUCUUGAAAUCAUUCUCCGCCAAGAUGGAGAAGCCUGGUAAGCCGCUUUUGUGAAGUAAACAUUUCGCAUCUUGCAGUACAUGAAGAUGGUGCCUUGCACAACAGCCUUGCUUGGUGGUGUUUACAAUGCUGUAGAGGAUUCUGAGCACUUUGCAUCUCAAUUUAGCACAUUUGUCAGAUUAUUUUCUGAAGAAUUUCAUUGUCUUGACAUCACAGUACUUGUCUUUUCAAAAUGUUUCGAAAAUUGUUAAAAUAAAACACAUCAUUCCUUUAAAAAUACCUCUUAUUUGCAUCAAUGCCUUGGUUGACACUUGAGUUACGAGUAUCCACCAUAAACUAUUAUGGCAUACCCUAUGCAUAUUAUCUUUUGAUAAUUUAUUUGUAAAUCUUGAGCCGGCCGGAGUGGCCGUGCGGUUCUAGGCGCUACAGUCUGGAACCGAGCGACCGCUACGGUCGCAGGUUGGAAUCCUGCCUCGGGCAUGGAUGUGUGUGAUG